AGGUGUACAAAAUUGAAGCGGCAGCAGUAAACGUUAAACUCAGCGGAAGUAUAGCAGCAUACUUCUUUCCGAGCUGAAUAAGGCUACAGCACUGUGUCAGGACGCUGGUGAAUACUAUACAACAUUAAUACGCUAUCACAGUUGUUAUAAGUAAAACACCAUGCAUACAAAUAGGAAUCAUUCGACACAAACGGACUGCUUACUACGAGAAGUCGAACGGAGCGUGAUUGGAUCUGAUACUGUAUUUACUAGUCCGUAUGGUGAACGAAAAGUUAUUUAUUGCGACUAUACGGCUUCCGGAAGGUCACUAAAAUUCAUAGAAGAUUACAUUCAACAAGAGGUUAGUCCACUUUACGGAAACACACACACCACUACCAGCAUCACGUCAAGACAGAUGACUAAAUUCAGACACGAAGCCAAAGAAGUUAUUCGGGACUGUGUUAAUGCAAGUGAUGAAGAUGCAGUUAUAUUCGCUGGUAGUGGGUCUACGGGAGCGAUACAUAAACUCGUCCACGCCCUGGAGCUCGAAGGUGACAAAGCUCAAAGAACGGCCGUUUUGGUUGGCCCAUUCGAACACCAUUCUAACAUACUUCCUUGGAAAGAAACUGGCGCUACAGUGAUUCGAAUUAAACGUACAAGCAAAGGCCUUCUUGACAUGAACGAUCUGAAAGCCCAGCUUGAAUUCUGCUCCGUCAAUUUCACCGACGUAAUUGGUUGUUUUUCCGCCGCUUCUAACGUAACCGGAAUCCUCACAGAUACAAAUGCAGUCUCUGCGUUAUUACAUCAUUACGGAGCUCUCGCGUGCUGGGACUACGCAACUGCAGCACCGUAUGUAAAUAUCGACAUGAACCCAAAAUGUGAAACGUGUGAUUGUGACUGUUCAAAAGACGCAGUUUUCAUCUCUGUCCAUAAAUUCUUAGGAGGACCCGGUUCGCCAGGAUUAUUAAUUGCCAAAAAACACCUCUUCCAAAAUAAAGUUCCUGCAGGAGCUGGGGGCGGCACAGUCCAUUACGUUUCAAGGAAUAUGCACCACUAUGUAUCAGACAUUGAAGCCCGGGAGGAAGGCGGUACGCCCGCAAUUAUCGAAUCGAUCAGAGCUGGUUUGGUGUUUCAGUUAAAACAAAAAAUUGGUCCACAUUACAUCGAACGACGUGAGGCAGAGUUAACAAGACGAGCAUUUGAAAGGUGGUCAAAAAACGAGAACUUGAUAAUUCUGGGAGAUUCCGAAGCAGAUAGACUACCAAUAUUUUCGUUCUUAGUACGACACCCUCUAACUGGUAAAGCUCUACACCACAACUUCAUCGCAGCGCUGUUAAACGACCUCUACGGCAUACAAGCUCGGGGUGGCUGUGCGUGCGCAGGACCAUACGCACACGAUCUUCUUGGUAUCUCAGAAGAAAGCGCCAGAAAGUUUUAUGAGAUCGUACGAGAAGAUCGAUUCGACGUACACAACGAGAAGCCGUCAGAGAUUAUCAGACCCGGGUUCGCUCGACUUAAUUUACCUUUCUUUGUAUCGGAUGAAGAAAUCGACUAUAUUUUGUGUGCUGUGGACGCAGUUGCAACGUAUGGUUGGAAACUAUUACCACAAUACGAAUUCGAUCCUUUCACUGGCUUGUGGAAACAUCGUGCUUUGGAUUCUUUACCUAAAUGUGGAGCAGGUUUUAAGAGCUUAUUGGAUAUCGUUUACAACAGCAAUGGUCAGUUUGUUCCUGGACCAACACAUGGAGUUAAACACAAUUCCACCCGUUCUCUAACGGACUAUUUUCUUGAGGCGCAACAUGUUUUGGACCAAAGUUUACAUCAUGAGAUAAGUUAUAAGGCCUUGUCAGAUUCUCCACUUGUUUUAGGAUCAGGCAACGAGGAUAUGAAAUGGUUUCUUGAACCUCGGGAAGCGAUGGUCUGUCUUCUAGAAAUGUCAUCUUUUAGCCAACAUCAUUCUGACAUCUACCUUGUUUACGAAGACGGCGUCGAAGUAUCGAACGAAGAGGUAAUUUUGGAGACAAGUGAAGAAGAGUCGUCUCCAGUAUCAGAAACAUACAGCAGCCUAAGAUCAUUUAGGGAGGAGGAGGAGAGGUUAUGGACGGAUGACGACGACGACGAAGCAAGGAGUGACGAUAGUUGCGUUGAGGACUGUACGUUCACAGAUGCCGUGGUACCGAACGAGGAGCAGCUUAGCGAUUCUGACAGUGGGUAUGAUGAUUUCUAUCAAGGCUCCGAUAUGAUAAAAUCCAAAAACACUUGUCGGAAGCGAUAUUUAUCGAGUGAUGGCGCAGUCUACAGCAGUGGAUCACCCGAACAUGUAUAUGAAAAUGGUCUACGGUCCAUGUUCAAAAUUAAUGAACGUUUUCCAUAUGUAGAAACGGCUUUUCGACCGUCGCUAUAAUGGUGAACUUUUGACUAAAAAUAGGGCUUUCGCCGAGAGAUUUAUGCAAUUUGUUACGACAAAUAGUAACAUCUAUCAUUAUCGAUCCAGAGCAAACAACAGUAUUUAUAUUUCCGAGCCCCGUAGAGAGUUGUCAAUAUUAGUAAAUAAAUGUAAUAUAAUUAAAUAUGUAAAUUUUGUCUAGAUAAGAUAUAUUUUGUUACGUAAUCUCCAUGUUGAAUGUAUAAAUACUACUGUAGCAUAUAUAGAUGAGAUUAUUGACAUCAUAAACACUUGAGCUGGGAUCAAAGAUUUGUACGCCAAAGAUAUAUUAUUAAUAACAUCAUGCCAGUAUAUACUGGUCAUGUGAUCAAAUUAUUCAAAGAAAAUGUAUCUAUAUUUAUAAUUAUGAACAGAACCACCUUAUGAAUAUUUAUUAGGUUUUAUGCAUAUUAGAUGAGAUAGUAAAAUGUAAUAUUUUCAGGGUUUUUCUCUUGCUGACGAUUCUAAAAAAAUGCGCACAAAAUGGAUGCUAAAUAUUAAACUACUACAAAUAAAUAAAUUAUACAACAUAUUUUUAUUCAUUUUUAAACAAUCAAACGAUUCCAAUGGACUUAGUAAUCCAAAUGUUUACAAUUGAAGUCGUUUGGUUAAGGUCAAUAGAAUAAAUGAAUCUAACAUCAUGAAACAAAUCAUUUAAUGACAGACUGUUUUACAGAACCAAUGUACAACUAGGCAUUGAGAAAAAGUCUAAAAAGAUCAUGUGAAAAAAAUAAAACGUCUAAACAUACAA